CAUAAUUUGUAUGUAUAAAGCAUGAGUUACAUAUUUUUAAUUCUAAAAACAAGGCUGUCUAUUUUCUGUGUAACUUCAGAGUUCGGUGGUUAUAUAUAAAGUCAGAGAACUUGGAUUCUUAGUUGUUUGGAAAACUUUUCUAAUAAAUUUGCUUGUUGGAUUUAUUACAAUGGGUGACUACAAGCUACUCAAUAAGGAGUUAGUCGAUGCUAAUAGAGAAUUAAAACAAACUAUUGCAACAUAUCAAAAUGAAUUGGUUUUAACGCGUGCGGAGUUAAUGGAACAGCAUCGAAUACGUGUUGAGGGCGAGCGCGAAUAUCGUGAUCGCGUACUCUCAUUAGUAGCACAUAAUUUUAUGGCAUUAAUGCGUGAUAUCGAUGCCAACGUAAAUGUACAAGAAUUACUGAGUUGUAACAGUUGUGAACAAAACUCAAAUUACACCAAUACUGUUAAUGCUAAAAGUGAUAGCGCCAGUUUCAGACGAAGAAGCACACAUCUUGUCAGAGAAUUUCGUCGUUCUAGUGCAGUGACCCGCCAAAUUAGUAUACAGUUGUCGCCAACACGACGACCAUACGAAAGUCAUGCUAUUAUCGAGCAAACUGAAACCAGUAAAUUAGAAGAAUCUGAAUCUGGUAGUGAUAUGGAUUUGGAAAACUCUAUAACUGAAGAUAAUGUAAUUGAUGUAGAACGCGAAGGGAGCUACGAAAAUGCAGAUUUGCAUUGCAUAAGGGAAGCCAGUGAAGAAGAAUGUGAAGAAAAUGAUGACGGUAGAAAGUGUACAGUAGUUGAUAAACGGAAUAGGCAACCAAUCAGAGAUAUAUCCAAUAUUCAUAAGGAGCAAGUCGAAAACAGAUAUUAUGUCACAAAACGUGGAAAAGAGCGUAAUCGGCGCAGAGACACUGAAAAUUCUAUAGAAGUUCCACGUAAUGUGGAAGUUGAUGGCAUGGAAGUAGAGGAUGAUUUGAUUCAGACAAUGAACCAAACGUUACAUGUUUCGGACAGCCAAAUAACAGAUAAUAAUGAUAAGUGGAUGGAAGUGAAUCCAGAAAAUUUUAAACGUCAUGUUGUAGUGAAAGUUAAACGCAUGCAUGAACCACAACCGGCAGUGGUACACUUGAACACAAAAGAGAACACACUUAUACCAGAAUAUGAGAUUUCAGUCGAAAACAUAAGAAAUGAUGAGUUAAGUUUGGGUAUAACCCAAUUUUCUAUGGGUAAUUUCUUGGAAGCAUCCUGCAGUACGCCAUGUCAUGGCAUGAAAGCAGCAAUGGCAGAGGGAACGACUGAUGAAACCAAUUGCGAUGGCUCAUGCAGUGCGUCAUCACAGACAACAAGCCUAUGCUUGCGGCCAUCACGCAGAUGUGCGCCAACAACUUUAGCGGAGCCUAGUUUAAGAGUAAAACUACGGAGCGAUAGUGGCAAAAGGAAAGGAUCUACGAAGAAGCGUUAAAUAAUAUUUAGUUAUUAAAAAGUUAUGCAAGAUUCUUUUAAUAAUAUUGUCAUAGUCAUUAGUUCCACUCAUGAUACUGUUUAGUAUUUAUUUUUCAAGUAGUUUGUGUUAGCUGCAAUUGAAAUUCUGGGGAGAAUUUGUAAUAAUAAAGCCUACAUUUUUUAUACCAGUAAUUGAGCAUUUCUGUAUGAAUACAGAGCUCCAACAAGCAUAAAACAAAGUAAACUGAUUUUUUCCUUAGCUCAUUAGUUAGUUAUUAUAAAAAUUAUAGUUUGUUAUUAUAAAAACAGCAAGCGACGAAAUAAGUCGUUUGCUAGUAUUGAUUUUGGUUUAAAAGCACUAGUUGUUAAAUAAAGAAGACGCUAAAUUUAUGUAUAACGGAGAUAAGAAAAGGAACCGUUGUAGUGGUACUAUUAUACGAAA